AUGCUUUUCAAACAUACAACGCAGAAGAAUGGCAAUGUCAACCAGAAGGCGGUUGUCUUUUCUGGAAGAUUAAGACCGAAGAUCAUUGAUGUUAAACUUCCAGCUCAAUGGCUUCGAGAAUGUCAAGAUAACCAUGCGGAAUCAAGCGCAUACAAGGAAAGUUCGUGGAUUGUUGAUCAAAGGCACCGUGCUAAUCUUUUGAAUAGCGAAAUUCCAAUAUUUCGGCUAUUUGACGUGCGGGAAAGUAAGAUUGUGGAGUUUCGUGAUGUCAAUAUUGCAUAUUUUGAGUACGCAGCAUUGAGCUAUAUGUGGGGUGGCCCUCAAAAAACAGUUCUCUUAAAAGAUAAUCGGAAAGCGCUCCAAGAAUCAGGCUCCCUCAAUGGAUGCAUUUCAAAGACUGUUCAGAACGCGAUCGGAUUUUCACAACAAUUAGGAAUCCAACAUCUGUGGGUUGAUGCCCUGUGUAUAAUUCAAAGCGACGAUUCUGACAAAGCCAUACAAAUUGGUAAAAUGGGAAGCAUAUAUGCCCAUGCAAAAGUCACUCUUAUCGCUGCUUCUGGGAGAAAUUCCGAAGCUGGAUUACCAGGAUUUCGAACUCCUCGAACAGGAAAACAGACACAAAUUCUCAUUUCUAGGGUCGAUACCCAAUUUUCUAUGAAGCUAAUGAGAACAUUAAAUCCUCACAAUAAUGGCUUCUCAUUCUCACACCAGCUUGAUGAUGCUGAAUGGAGUCGGAGAGGAUGGACUCUACAAGAAAGAGCACUGUCAAGACGCAGUAUUAUUUUCACUGAUCAACAGCUUAUAUGGGCCUGUAAACAGUGCCAUAGAACUGAAGAGACCUACUGCGAAACUUCAUUAGCACACACAAGCUGGUUUAGGCUCCAAGAAACAGAGUACUUUCUCGAUACCUCCCUCCGCAGCUUCUUCGCUUCUGAUGAUGUUAUUGAGCAAACUUGGUAUCGAUUUAGACUUCUAGUCCUUGAUUUCACUAAAAGGCAGCUUACUAACCCUGGAGAUGCGCAUGACGCUAUUCAUGCCAUUCUAGAACAAGUCAAGCACUUAACCGGCGAUACUUUCCUAUGGGGAUUACCUACAACGAAUUUUGAGAUGGGGCUUUGCUGGGAACCCAGCUCACCACUCGGCGUUAGGAAAAGGAAGGAUUUAACGGUGUUGAAAACUACAUCUUUGAAUAGAAGAGUACCAUUUCCAUCCUGGUCUUGGUUGGGCUGGCACAAUGCAAUUAGUAUACGCGUGGAGGAAAGGUAUCGAGAUCUAGGUAUGGAUCCCGAGAUUAUAUGCUAUGUACUUCGAAAUUCACCACUCCGAUUAGUUCGGGUACUAAGAAUUUCUUCAGACGUCCCUGGAGAACAAACUCGUUUUCAUCCGUUGCAAUCACAACAAUCUAGCCCAAAUGCGAUUUCAUUGGAGGACAUUCCAAAGCACUAUCCAGACUUGGGAGUUGACAAACUUGACGACACCCCAGAUGACCAACUCAUAUUUUUCUGGGCAGAAGUCGCUCAGUUCGAGGUCUCGGAAAUCAUGACGAUGGCGUUCGAGAGUUCAAAAAAUACCCCAUGGGAACCUCGAUAUACCUAUAAGCAGCGUGAUAUCAGGGAUACGAAUGGCAAUGUGGUUGCGCAAACAGCAUAUUGUGAUUUCGAAGAAAAUGCGCGGGAAAAUGGAACAUCAUGUAUAGAAGAGCCUGAAGCUGGUGGUGGUACUUACGAUUUUGUCCUAAUUGCCAACAACAAUCCACCAGAUCCGGAGUCUAAACCUUCCAAAUUGUAUUGCAGGUCGAGAGAAAGAAUGGAGUCAUGUAUAGGGUCAACAAUGCAGAGAUACCAGAGGAAGCUUGGAAAAGAUCGGAAGCAAGAAGAAUGCUGGUGGCUCUUGGUUGAUAGAAUUAUAAUACUGAACCUGAAGAUUUUUGGAGGCGCAUUAGCUAAUGCUAUAUGGUUUAAAUAUUUCAAACGCUUCUACGAACGAUUCCCAAUUUCCCCCUUGAAGUAUUCGCUCGAUAAAGAGCACGAAACGUACCGGAUGCACGCCGUAGCAUUGCGAGCUCUUCGCACACAUAGACACCCUCUCUCGCGACAGACAUGCCGAAUCAUCGCAGGCUGCAGGUUUCCCCCUCCCCGGCGCAACUUCCACCGUUCAGCAAUUUCCUAUAGUACACCCGAUGAUCCAGCAACUCCGGAAAAUGAUAAAGAGGCAAGAGCAGGCAUAGAGGAUAUCCCACGGAUACCUGAAGAUGGAGAGCAGGAAAACACAACAGAUGUCCCGCAAAACCCCACGGAAGCAGAAUUAGAGAAUCCAGUAGCAGAAGAUUCUAUACAGCCAGUCGAAAAUAUAGACCCUGAGCAAAGGUCUCGCGGGAGGCUUUCGGGGAGAACUUUACGAGCAAAUCGUCAAAAACAGCCGGAGGGUCUGCCGCCGAUAAUACUGCCGGAUUGGUUUUGGAAUAAUGUCAAACUGGUCGAGGAGCUACCGCAGACAGGCUCACUCGCUGUUUACUAUGGCGGUAACGUCCCAGAAUUUGUUGAAAGUUCUCCAGGCCCCGAAGCAACAGAGAAGAUGAGCCAUGCAAUCAAAUCUAUCGUUGAAUGCGACCUCCCUCCUACCGAGAAAGCAAGAUAUAGCAUGCAUGUUGAUGUUUACAAAGAAAUAUUGGCAUCCAUCAGAGCGGGUCUGAAAUUGCGCCCUUCACAAGCUGUCUUGGAUGGGAAAAAUAUCAUGAGGCCCAUUCUCCACUUGCUGUGCCCUAAAGACGGAGGAACGUUAUAUCUAGACUCUGUCGUGGAGACCAUUUCGACCAAACUAGGAGCUGAUCUUAUACGUUUGGAUCCAGUCGAUAUAGCCCAGAUUUUAGGGCCAUAUAUCGAUGAGAACCUAGCUUGGACGGGGUCAAAAGCAUCCCUUUUGGGUUAUGAAACUUCUAGAAUGGCAGGCAGGCUGGAGGAUUAUGAGAAAGAUUCAAGCACGUUACCUGAAGACAUAGAGGGGGUUGAGGAGGAAGAGAUGACGGGCAUGAGCAAAAAGGCUGGUCCCGCAAUUGCUUUCACCGCGUCAAAUUCUUCCGAGGCACAGAAAAAGCUCUCGGCAAUUUUUAGCCGGUUAAAGGGGGCCCUUACCCCGGCAGCGGAGAAUAACAGGCGUUCAUCAGAUGUUGUGAUGCCAUUUGCUACUUUCGCCGACCCCAACUUUUCGGCUUCUAGCAAUGGUAAUUCGUCCUUUGGCAACGUGAAAUCUAACGCUGAACAGUGGAACGAUUUGAAGACUACGGCUUUACUUGAGUCAUUUGUUGCUGCCGCCGAUUCAAAACGUGCAUCGGAGUCUUCAGGUGCGGAUGCAACCAAUACCAAAGAUUUAAUCAUACAGGUUCGUGACUACAAGGAUUUGACUAGAACAUACGAUGGUUACAAUAUUAUUGAUAAACUGCGGACGGUGGUCACCAAACGCUGGCAGUCCGGACGAAAUAUAAUAAUGGUUGGAACAAGUUCCCUAGAACAAGGAGAAUCCGAGCUUUCAUCAGCAGGUAUUCAACAUCUUCAAUCGGACAUAGUUGAGGGCGAGAAAAGAACUAUAUUCGUCCCACCAGACCGAAGAGCGGAACAGGAUACAAUAUUCGAAUCUGAUGACAAGUUACGUAUCCGAACUUUGAACAUACGGCAUGUUGAGGAUAUGAUUACAAAACUUUCGGGGGAUACGCCCGUGACUGUGGAUAUAGAAAAAGACCUCGACGUCGCGUGGGUAGUAUCUGCUGGUUUAGACGAUGCAGUUUGGCAUUAUGCCCGUGUGCAAAGGCUUGCAACGACUAUCCUAGGAUUAGAAAAUAGCCCAGAAAUCAUAGAUGGGCCAACAUUUUGGAAAGCUCAACAGCUGCUCUCCGAAAGUGACAAUGCAAAAUUUUCUUGGGGCGCAGCAGAGUUGAAGGAGGAAGAUAAUGAUGUGAACAAGAUGCUUGAUGAGAUCAACGCUUCACCGAAGAAGACAGAUAUCAGAGAAAAGCUCAAGCAAAUUCGAAAAACGUGCACUCCUCAUGAGAAAAAGCUGCUCGGGGGUGUCGUUAUACCGUCGGAUAUUCAUACCAAGUUCGAAGAUGUUCACGCUCCAAAGGAGACUGUAGAGGCACUAAAAACAUUGACCAGUUUGUCAUUGAUACGGCCAGAGGCUUUCACUUAUGGUGUUCUGGCUACUGAUAAAAUGCCUGGUUUGCUCCUGUAUGGACCGCCUGGAACCGGUAAGACGUUACUGGCUAAAGCAGUAGCGAAAGAGAGUGGCGCAACAGUUCUUGAAAUUAGCGGUGCUGAAGUGAACGACAUGUAUGUUGGUGAAGGCGAGAAGAAUGUCCGAGCGAUCUUUUCGCUAGCCAAGAAACUUUCACCCUGUGUUGUAUUUAUCGAUGAGGCAGAUGCUAUAUUCGCUGCCCGUGGUGAUACCAAACGCUCAACUGCCCACAGAGAGAUGAUUAAUCAAUUUCUACGAGAAUGGGAUGGCAUGAACGAUUUAUCUGCCUUCAUCAUGGUCGCUACCAAUCGACCAUUCGACCUCGAUGAAGCUGUACUGCGCCGGCUGCCUCGAAGACUUCUGGUUGACCUGCCCGUUGAAAAGGAUCGCGAGUCUAUUCUCAAGAUCCACCUCAAAGAUGAGAUUAUCGACUCAUCAGUCUCUCUUGCCGAACUUGCGAAAAACACACCCUUUUACUCUGGAUCGGAUUUAAAGAACCUUUCGGUCGCAGCUGCAUUGGCAUGUAUCAGGGAAGAAAAUGAACUUGCCACUAAGCACGAAGGCGAUACCCCUUAUACGUACCCCGAGAAACGUAUCCUCACCAAACAACAUUUCGACAAGGCAAUGGAGGAAAUCAGCGCAAGUAUCAGUGAGGAUAUGAGCACGCUCUCUGCAAUCCGCAAGUUUGACGAGAAAUACGGUGAUAGGAAGGGAAGAAGGAAGAAGAGUGCUGGAUUGGGCUUCGGUGGUACGACAGUUCCCGAAAAGGAUUCCGAAGCGGGAAGAGUCAGGAAAUCACCAUUGGCGGUGUAG